UUGGACAAUACAAGAGUAUGGUUGGACAUAUUGAAUUACUUUCAAUGCGCAGAAUAGGUUGUACGCAGUUUACACACGGAUUACCAGCUUUUCUAAUUUGACACGGACUGGAUGAGACAAAAUACAGAAAUCAAAACUAUAACCUACAGAAAGUCCGACUGACAGGGAAUAGAAUGUGUGACUAAUCAUAACCUGACACAACUCCGGAUGCAAUGAAUCAGGCACAGCCUGAAUUGUGGGGCAAAAUAGGUUCCUCAUCAGUUCACGGUUCAAAAACACACUCAACGUGUGCACAUAUUUCCAGUGAGUAGUAUAAACAGAUGAGCACAAUGGAAGAUAGCCCAGAUGAGAGUGAUGACGAUAUUGCCCAGAUCCACAUCCACCUCCCCUGGGUGCCCUCCGCAAGGACAGCAGCAAGUCCCUUCCUUGCCGCCGCAGAACUUACCGGCAUCAAAAGAAGAUGGUCUAAAAGUGACAGAUGUUGCAUACACCACAUGCCAUCUCCAUAUGAACCAGAAAGUCGAGAUUCAUUAGUACCAAGCAUUGGUCAAACUACAUCGGAUGGGACACCUGCAGGAACAGACCCACCUGCACCAAGUUUUUAUCAAACUUCAUCGCAUGGGGCACCUGCAGGAAGAGACUCACCUGUACCAAGCAUUGAUCAAACCACAUCGGACGGGGCACCUGCAGGAAAAGACGCACCUGUGCCAAGCAUUGAUCAAACCACAUCGGACGGGGCACCUGCAGGAACAGACGCACUUGUACCAAGCAUUGAUCACCCCACAUCGCGCAGGGCACCUGCAGGAACAGACGCACUUGUACCAAGCAUUGAUCACCCCACAUCGCGCAGGGCACCUGCAGGAACAGACGCACUUGUACCAAGCAUUGAUCAAACCACAUCGCGCAGGGCACCUGCAGGAACAGACGCACUUGUACCAAGCAUUGAUCACCCCACAUCGCGCAGGGCACCUGCAGGAACAGACGCACUUGUACCAAGCAUUGAUCAAACCACAUCGGACGGGUCACCUGCAGGAACAGACGCACUUGUACCAAACAUUGAUCAAACCACAUCGCACGGGGCACCUGCAGUAAGAGACGCACUUGUACCAAGCAUUGAUCAAACCACAUCGCACGGGGCACCUGCAGUAAGAGACGCACCUGAGUCAAGCGUUGAUCAAACCACAUCGCACGGGACACCUGCAGGAAGAGACGCACUUGUACCAAGCAUUGAUCAAACCACAUCGCGCGGGGCACCUGCAGGAAGAGAUGCACUUGUACCAAGCAUUGAUCAAACCACAUUGGACGGGGCACCUGCAGUAAGAGACGCACCUGUACCAAGCAUUGAUCAAACCACGUCAUAUGGGACACCUGCAGUAAGAGACGCACCUGAAUCAAGCGUUGAUCAAACCAUCUCAUAUGGGACACCUGCGGAAAGAGACGCACCUGAAUCAAGCGUUGAUCAAACCACGUCAUAUGGGACACCUGCAGUAAAAGACGCACCUGAAUCAAGCGUUGAUCAAACCACGUCAUAUGGGACACCUGCAGAAAGAGACGCACCUAAAUCAAGCAUUGAUCAAACGACAUCGCACGGGGCACCUGCCGGAAGAGCUGCAAGUGACUCAAGCGUUGAUCAACAAACGUCAUUUUCAACGCCUGUAGAUGGAGACGGGCCUCUAUUACCCGUUCAGAACACAUCUCACGGCACAACGGAGGAUACCCAUCCUCCUCGCAGAAGAGAGACGCUGGACGCAGGGGCCAUGUCGCACAAAGGAUGGAUGUCUCAUGCAACAGACCAAGAUGUUGUUGCUACGCCAUCACAAGAACAAGGUUUGACUGUCAAUGUUUACAACAUCACGAACAGUGAGGGAAUACAUGUCACCCAGGAACGGAUCGUGUCGAAAGGAAAACUUUUCGAACCUGACGUUUCUCCAUCAGCAGCACCAGUCGGCCAUGUCAUGACUACAAGGUGGAUUCAGAAGAACAACCCAUCUGUACAGUCCAGAACAGAUACACACAUGCCACACUGUUCCAACUCUAAAUCACAGUUGAAGGGGCAACAGUUACACCAAGUUAAAAUGGAAGAUACCAGUCGUUCGCCAAAACUGAAGCGGAUAUCUGAUAGAACACAACAACUAUUACUGCUGACAGAGAAGGAGCUGUUCACGCCGACAAAGGCACUGGCAAUAGCCAAGCGGUCCCUUUUGGAACUCGGUGUAGUGCUUGUCACAGGAAGGUCAGGGGAUGGGAAGACAACUCUGUGUUAUAGAGUUCUGAAGGACAUAGCAAAUAUUCAACAUAGAACCCCUCUCAUCAUCACCACAGCAGAUGACUGGAAAUAUAUACCACCCCCAAGACACGUAAAUAACAUUUCUGAAGAGGAAAAGUAUGUGGUUUUCAUUGAUGACAUAUUUGGUCGAACUAAUUUAUCAAGGGAGGAUCUUAGAAUGUGGGAACGAGAACUGCCGAUAAUGUGGCCUUCAGUUGAAUCUGGGCAGGUGUUUCUGCUGCUCUCAUCAAGGGGAAACAUUUACAAACAGUGUCAGCAAGGUCUAAAAACUUACAAAAUAUUUUCUGCAUUGAAAGAAGUAGGGUUAAACACGGACAUAUAUGGUCUCAAUGUGAAGGAAAAAAUGGAAAUGCUAGAAGCAUAUCUGAACAGAAGAACAGCACUGAAGAUGACUUAUGAUGAGAUGAGACAAGCUGUGAAGACAAGCAAUGAGCUAGGUUUCCCACAAAUAUGCAGGUUUUACAUCAGCAGCAGAGAAGCCCAGAAACGAGGAGUCGAGUUCUUCAGUAGACCGUUACAGUAUCUGAUGGAUGAGGUAAACACUCUCAGGGAGUUUGAUCCCCAAGCCUACGGAGUAUUAUUGCUUCUUGCGUUUGAGGAAGGUGUUAUCAAACAAUCCCAUGUUGACCCAUUUUCCUCAAAAUGUGGCCCUCUCAUCAAGAAUUGGGAACUGAUCAGAUCUCUAUGCAACAUAAGCCCAGAAUUUGGGCUUGGUGAUGUUUGUAACGUUGCCAAAAGAUUAUGUGGUAUGUAUUUGUCCUUUGUUGGCGGAUAUUACAGAUUUAGCCACCAAUCCAUCCAUGAGACUAUUGUCUUGGAGUUCACAUCAAAGUACCCAGGAAAGGGUAUAGAAAUUGCUCCAAUUAACAUUAUUGUGGAAUUUGUCAGGACAGCUGAAUGUGAAGACAAAACUGCCACAUCUAUUCUUCUCAGUGAGGAUUACUACAAAGAUUUUGCAGUCAGGAUAAUUCAACUACUCAAAUCCAGAAAUUCUGAAAAAGUCAUGGACCAUUCCGUUCUAAGGAAUGAUACAUUUCUUCGGUACUUCCAUAGUGCGCUCUCCGAGGAUGACCGAAAAACUUUAUGCUCCACAACCGUACCUUCAACAUACACCAACAUAGGGGCAUAUUCAGUGUUUUCAAAUGAUUACAUUACAGCUAACCACCAAGACAAGUUGGAAUAUGUCAUCUCUGAAAUGCAGGCCAUACAGCUUCCUGUUCCAGAGCUGUAUAUAAUGUCAGUACUGUUCGCUAAAGGUCUACAGUCCAUUGCCACAAUGCUUACUCCAUCAUCAUUUCAGGGCUGUGGAAUGGAUAUGAACAUGUUUCUUGCAAGCUCCGCAUUUGUUGGGGACUUGCCCACUGUUGAGAGGCUCCUUGAUAGUGGCAUAGUUCCCAAUGAAACUUGUGUCUUGGCUGCUCUUUUGUCAUUGGGAGACAAUGAAAACGUUUUAAGGAAAAUCCUAUGCCACCAUCAAGCUCCACUGCUUGAUGCGAACAUGCUGUUGUUUUCUUUGAAAUUUGCUGUGCAUUGUAACAGAGUGAACACACUGAAAGUUAUCAUGAAGAGUAUUGUGAACCAUCAAGCAAAGGAGAAAAUGGUUGACAUUGUUGCCAAAUUAUUUUUUGUUCAGAUGUCAGCUGUACAUGGAUGUGUGCCUUUAAAUUUGCCUGUGACAGUAGCCAGUGAACAUGAACACAAAUCUUCUGUUGACACAUUCCAUGUGCUUGUUGCUGCAGAUGCAGCAUUAGACUUUGCAAAAUGCUUAAGCUUUGUAAGCCAGACUACAGACAUUGAGUUAUUAGAGAGUAUCACAUGUGAAAUACGGAAAAGAGAGAACGGGUCACUACAGUAUCAAAUAUUUUAUGACAGACAUAAUGAUUUAGAAACAGAUUGUUCUGCAACUUCAAGUCCUGCAACAUGUCCUGAAUUUCAUCUCAAGUCACUGAUCAAUUCAAAGGACAAAUAUGGUUGCACGCCACUCCACAAUGCAGCUUAUGAGAGCUCAGCAGAAUGUGUCCUGUUUCUCUUGGACAAUGGCGCAAAUCCAAACUCAGAGACGAUCACACUGGAAACACCGUUACACGAAGCUUCUCGCACCAAGAAAGAUCGUUUGUCAAAAAUGCAGUCCCUUUUUGAUGCAGGUGCCGAUGUAAAUGCAGCGGACAUAGGUGGUUGCACACCACUACAUUCACUGGCGCUGAAAGGCAACUUGGCAGAAUUUCAGUACCUUUUACUAAAAGGUGCAAAAAUGAAUGCUGAUAGUCUAGGCCAGACCCCUCUACACCGUGCAGCAAGUGCAUAUACAGUUGACAAUACUGUAAUUCAGCUCCUGGUGGAGAAUAUAGGUGACAUAAAUCAUAGUGAUUAUUAUGGUUGUACACCAUUGAUCUACAUUGCUGGGAAGGGUUCUUUUGCAACGCUGAAACAUGCCAUAGAAAAGGGGGCUGAUGUUAAGGCUAAAACGAGAAUGGGGAAGACAGCAUUACAUGAGUCAGUUUUGUCCUCCAUUGAAUCAGUUCAUAAGGCAGAGUUACUCUUACAGCAAGGUUGUGGUAUCAAUGAAAUCAGUGAGGAGGGGUUCACUCCGUUACUCUGCGCUGCCCAGAAAGGUACCUUUGAUUCACUGAAGCUACUCGUAGAUAACCAAAGUGAUGUUUCUGUGAAAGACAACCAAGGGCAGACUGCGCUACAUCUUAUACCUUAUUACUCAAUAGAUGAGGCAAAGAAAAUCAGCUACCUUUUAAAGGCUGGAGCUGACAUUAAUGCUGUAGAUGACAAGGGGGCUACUCCCUUGCAUGUUGCAGCUGCUGAAGGUUGUUUAGCAUCCGUUGAGCCCCUUAUCAAGUACAAAGCUGAUAUUAACUCACGUGAUACUGAUGGACUCACUGUUCUGCACAGGGCUGCACAAUCUCUCACAGACUCGGAGGCGAUCAUUGAGCUCUUGAUUGCUAAAGGGGCUAAUGUCAACAUGAGAGAUAACUCUGGGUUGACAGCUUUGUGCCAUGCAGCAGAACAUGGAACUUUGAACAGUUUACAGAUUUUGGUGGCAAAUGGAGCAGACAUGUUUGUUAGGAGUUCCACUGGAGAGACAGUGUUACACAUGGCGGUUAAGAAAUACCACAUGCCUUUAGAAAAAGUAGAAUUCUUAAUGGAAAGGGGUGUCAACGUGAACCUUUUGGAUUGUUCCGGAACAAGCCCUCUGCAUUAUGCAGCUCUUGAGACAUCUUACGAAACAGUUAAGUUCCUUGUUGAAAAAGGAGCAAACAUCCAGUGUGCUAAUGACAGUGGAACAACUCCACUUCACAACGCCGUAGAGUCAACGAUUAACCUAAAGCAAAAGGUUGAGUUCUUGAUCAAACAUGGAGCUGAUGUAUUCGCAGCGGACAAGAACGGUGACACUCCUUUGCACGUUGCUACAGACGGCAGCUUUGAACUGUUGGAACUGCUUAUAGUUGAUCUGAACAUAGAUAUUUCAAAUACUGACAAACAAGGAAAUACUUUGUUGUACAGAGCGGCCAUGUCUAGCCAUGAUAUCAAGUCGAAGACAUUACUGUUACUCAACAAAGGAGCAGACAUCAAUGCUACAGGCAAACAUGGAUGGAGCUUGAUACACUGGGCCAUUUGUUUGGGGAGCGGAGAGGACCUGACAAAGCUUCUAGAAAGAGGUGCCUGUGCAUCAAGUAUAGAUGAGGAUGGGUCGAGUCUCCUUCACAAGGCAGUCAAAUCCAAAACAGACGCCUUGAUAAAGGUCAAGCUGUUGCUGAAGAAGGGUUUAUCACCAAACCAAUUAGACGGAAAAGGUUGCACACCGCUGCAUAUUGCAGCCAAAGAAGGUCUGUUUCAAGUAUAUGAUGUAAUGAUGAUCCCCGAUGAUAAAGGUUGUUCUGUGAAUGUGGAGGACUACAAGGGACACACCCCAAUGAAUGAUGCAUCUGUGGCUGGGGAUACUGACUGUGUGAAGUAUCUUGCUCAGAGAGGUGCAACAGGUCGGGAUGAGGAUGCAGGUGGAGGUUUAGCCUAAUGGUUAAAGCUUUCGCGGGUUCUAUUUCCCACGUGGAUUCAGUGUGUAAAACCCAUUAAUAUAGAAAUUGUAAAGUAGCUAAAUCUAAAAAACUCACUAGUUAUGAAGGGGCGGUCGGGUAGCCUAGUGGUUAAAGCGUUCGCUCGUCACGCCGAAGACCCAAGUUCGAUUCCCGACAUGGGUACAAUGUGUGAAGCCCAUUUCUGGUGUCCCCCGCCGUGAUAUUGCUGGAAUAUUGCUAAAAGCGGCGUAAAAUCAUACUCACUCACUCACUCACUCACUAGUUAUGAACAUACAAUACAGCGUUAUUGAUGUCACAUUCUUUAAGUAAACAAUGAAAUCUGUUUCAUUUGGAAACUGUCUUUCUAAGAGUGAAGGGGGGCACGGGUGGUCUAGUCGUCUAAGGCGCCGCGAUUCAGAGCAGAGUUGUAUCCCUUGGGCACGCCAGAAACCUAUGAUUGUGGGUUCGAAUCCCGC